AUGCCGCCCCGCGAUUACCCUGACCGCUUCAUCCACCCACGACAUUCUCUCCCGACACCAUGCAUCCCACCUCGACAACGGCAGCAACCGUCCCAAGCAGCAAGACCAGCAUCGCUUGCAGCAACAGCAACAGUAACAGCAGCAACAGCAGCAGCAGCAGAGCUCGAUCACCUUCAGCCUCCUUCACAGCAGCGCUUCACUCUUCCAUUUGCUCGUCCAGCAGCUCUCGAAUAUCGAAGUAGCAGUCCAGUUCGAAAUUGGGCCUAUCCGACACGUAGCGCUCCUUUUGCCACAUCCGAGCCAUCUCCUAGCUAUACAGUCGCCUGCCGCAUUCCCUCGAGCCUUUCGCAACAGUAUCAGCUUCCCGCCCAAGACCAAGACGACGACGACAAUAGUAGCGAUUGCGAGAGUGACUGCAUCGAUCAGAUCGACCAAGCCUCUGAACCAAAGGACUGCAGCUCGCUUACACGCACGCCCUCCUUUCCCUCUAUAGCAGCCACCAUGUCUGCAGCAGCUCCCAUCGACCUGCUCCCACGCAUGGGACCAGGUAGUGGCAUGCACAGCCCCUUUUCGAUACCUCAUUCUCUUUUCAACCAUGAUACAGGGCCUUCCACUUUCAGCUCUUUGCCAAGGUCGCCAUUGUUGGCUACUCCGAUGGCUGAUACCAGCUCGCGCAAGAAGGCAGCGCUGCUCGAUGCUCUUGCUCGUCCAUCCAGUGCAAUGCAGGCUUCAAACUCUUCUGCAUCCCUCUCAGGAGCCAACACCUCCAGCCUUGACCUGAGCCAGAAUGCAGGCUCCAGUCUCUCGGCCGGUGGCAGUUUUGGCGGGCCCGGCGCUUACUCGAGCAGCAACGGCAGUGCCUUUGGCGGCUCCAGUCGUAUCAGUGGCGGAAAUGGGGGCCCAGGUGCACGUCGUGACGAUUCGCAGCGCGACAGCGGAUCCGCCAACGCUAAUGGAUCAGGCGGCGGAAACGGUCAAGACCCCUCCAACGACGCGAACGACAAGGACAAGGGCAAAAAGACCAACCCUCUUGUUGAUCUUCUCGAAACGGAAGCCGCUUACGUCUCGGAACUCAGCAAGAUCAUCAAAAAGGUCGCAGCGGCUUGGUCGCGUUCCAACUUCCCACCACCAGAGCUCGAUACCAUGUUCCGCAACGUCGAAGCCAUCUAUCGCGCCAACCGCAGCUUCUUGAAGGCACUCAAAGAGAUUGGACCCAAUCCAUCUUCGCCCAAAGCACUGGGUGAUCUGCUUAUGAAGUGGAUCGAUGACCUUGAGGCGCCCUACACGCGUUUCUGCGAAAGCUACCUUGCUGAUUUCGAUGCCUGGGGUGUGGUGCAGUCCAAUCCGCGAAUUUCCAAGCUGCUGGAAGAGGUCUCGGGUGCGACAGACGCUGAGGGCAAUCCGAUGGUUUUCAGCGAUCGAAAGCGCGAUCCUAACGAGCCAUGGACGUUGGAUAGCCUGUUUGCACUGCCACACAUUCGGCUCAGGUAUUACAAGAAGCUCUACUCACGUUUGCUCAAGAGUACACAACCUGGCAGGAGCGAUCAUCGCUUGCUGGUGCGCGCCAACGACAAGUUGGAUGAGCUCGUGGAAAAGUCCAAGCGUAGACUGGCCGUCUCGGUGCUCGAGCAAGUGGCCGGUCGAGAGUCGCAGUCGCGUGAUAGCUCGUUUGCAGAGAGCAACGUUACUGGCGAGAAUUCGCCGCGUGAUCGCGUCUCGUCGGCUACUUCGACGUCUGAUACGCAGUCGCCUAGUGUGCGGCCUGUUCAGACGAUGGGUGGUAAGCUGUCAUCGCCUCCGAGAACGGCCCCAGUGGCCCCAGCAGAGCCAAGUAAUAAUGCUGCUGCUGCUGCUGCCUUGCCUGCAUCGACAUCCAACCCCACGCUACUCCCUGCUGCUGGUCGAGCACCGACGCCAGGAGGCAUGCCUAUGUUUGACGCACCCACUACCCAGCUCAAUGGUCUCAACCUCGAGCAGCCACUCAGUGUUUCGCCUUCUCGUCCAGAUCUCAUCCGCGGCAACUCGGAAGCAGCCAGUGUUCACGACAGCAAUUCGCAAACGACAGGCGAUGACUCGGCUUCCACUCGAACCAACUCCCUCACGCAACCCAUCGCGCAUCUCGAGAACCGCCUCGACACGUCCAAGACUCUGGACAUCUUCACCAUGAAGCCCAAGAAGUGUCAACUUCAGAUGCAUCCUCCCAACCUGCCCUUCGCGCGUGCUUUGCGCAAGUCGGCGGAUGUUGUCAUCCAUUUCACCCCCAGCAGCGGUGGUCCGGAGAUCAGCAUCCGUAGGGCACACAUCUUCUUGCUUACCGACUUGUUUUUGGUUUGCGAGAGGAUGACUCCAAGCGAAAGGGCGGAAAUGUCGAAAGGUGGGGUGGGAUCGGAUAUGUGGUUGUUAUAUCCGCCUCUUGCCGGUAAACAUCUGAGAGUUGCUGAUGAGGGCGGGCAAGGGAACGUUUUGUCGAUUACGGUCCUGAGAAAGGAGAAGUUGAUUGUUCAUACCGAUUCGAAGGAAGCAAAGGAGGAUUGGUUGGAACACUUUUCGGAUUGCAACAAAUUUGCGGCGAAUAUGGGCUUGAAGGUAAGGACGAGCAAUCCUGCUUUGUCGGCUCCUUCGGCUGGAUCGUCGUUGGCGUCUGGACCUAGUUUGACGACUCCCGCGCUGUCACCGGCUAUUUCGGUGACUCCGUCGUCAGCGCAUGGACAUGGAAAUGAGGAGGUGAUUACCGGUCCUUCACCGUUCAGUCCUGAGGGGGGCAACUCACCGGUGAUUGGAUCGGAUCUGUCGAGACAGGCUUCUUUUAAUUCGGUUGCUUCGUUUCCCAAAGUUGCUGCACUUGGCUCACCAGAUCUAGGCGGCUUCGGACUAGGUGGUAGCUCGGCUUUCUCUCCAAGGUCGCCUUCGCCCAGUCAGUUCGGGCCGGGAACACCCUUUGGUGGACCGCCUGGCGUUCGUCCGGGCAUGCAGCAGCAGCAGCGUCCUGGAGGACCUCCUUCGCCGAUGAACGCUAGGCCAGGGAUGAUGUCUCCUCAGCAGAAUGGAGCCUUUUCUCCAGACACAAGUCCUGCGUUUGGUCCUUCGAGGUUUGGUCCCAAUGGACCGGGCUCGAUGCAUAUGGGCAGACCACCGCUGAUGCAGGAUCCGAACAUGCCUCCUCGUUCGCCUGGAAGUGGUCCAAUGGGGAUGCGUGGACCUCCAGGAGUAGGUUCUGGAAUGCCUUUCCCUCGAGGUGGACCCAGUCCUGUUCCUGGUCAGAUGCCAGGAGGUCCAGGCAACAGUCCGGGCUUUGGUCCUAUGCAAGUUCGACCGGGUAUGGGACCUGGUGGGCCUGUAGGACCUAUGCCCCCUUUUGCCAAUGGAGCACCACGUCCACCCAUGCAACGACCACCUCCUCCUGGCGGCCCUGGUGGACCUCAUCCAUGGGGCCACGGUCCACCUCCUCCACCUCCACCUAACGGCAUGCUCCCACGGGAACCCAUGCGUCGCCCUUCGGCCCCCAAUCUCCGUCAGGCAUCCCACGGCUCCUCUGCCAACGGUGGCAGUCGCACAUCCGACGAAGCUGAGGGAGGAUCUCGUUCGUUCAUCCGAACCCGCUCGGUCUCAAGCACAGGCUCCACAGCCCCUAAACUCCCCUCUGCAAUGAUGAAAGAAGGUCGAGACCGCUCUGAACGCGGUACCGACAUUUCACCUCCUUCAUCACCCGUCGCCAAGAAGUCAGGUCCAUUUCGUUCCACAGUUUCGGCACAGAUGCGAUGCAAGCUCUUUCUCAAGCAAUCUCAUGCUCAGUGGAAGUCACUUGGCAAUGCAAGGUUGAAGCUAUACCAUAUCUUGCCGAACGACAUCAAGCAGUUGGUGGUGGAGAACGAUCGAAAGACGUUGAUCAGUACGAUUGUGCUAACGGAUGGUGUGGAGAGAGUAGGAAAGGUUGGUGUAGCGGUAGAGUUGAGCGAUAGAGGGAAUAGAACUGGGAUCGUGUACAUGUUGCAGAUGAGAAGUGAGGAGAGUGCGGCUGGGUUGUUCGGACAGCUACUGGAGGGAAGUGACAGAGCUGCGGGGGGUGUGGUUAUGGGGUAA